AUGUCCGUCCAAGCAAACAGAGACGAUUAUUGGCAAAAAACAGGUAAAGGUACAGUCAGAGAAAGAUGUCAGGCCAUCUUCAACCAAGAAAUAUUGAGCGAUGUGAAGUUCGCUGUUUGCAAUUUCCAAGCCGGAAGUGAAAGCAAGACUAUUCCAGCUCACAAGUUCGUGUUAGCGAUCAGCAGUCCAGUGUUUUAUGCCAUGUUUUACGGUGAAUUGGCGGAGACUAAAGAUGUCGUCGAGAUCACUGAUUGUGAUUAUGAGGGCCUGUUGGAGUGUCUGCGUUUCAUUUACAGUGAUGAAGCGAAGUUGACCCCUGACAAUGUCAUGCAAUUGAUGUAUUUGGCGAAGAAAUACAUGCUGCCUUCGCUCGCCGACAAAUGCUCUGUCUACCUCAAAGGUAAUCUGGACGCCUCAAACGUGUUUAACGUAUUACCAGAAGCACAGAAGUAUGAAGAAGUGGAUUUGUUGCAUCAUUGCUGGAAAGUGAUCGAAAAAGAAACGGAGGAAGCUGUGAAAUCGGAUGGUUUUGUGGCAAUCCAAAGGUCAGUACUUGAGGAAUUAGUGUCUAAUGAGUUGCUGAAUAUCAAGGAAAUAGAAUUAUUCAAAGCUGUCGACCGCUGGGCUGUUAGGGAAUGUGAGAAACAAGGCCUCGUAGCUGAGGGAUCCGUAAAAAGGAGAAUUCUCGGGGAAUUGAUCAUUCAGAAAAUCCACUUCCCUGCGAUGGAACAAAAGGAGUUUGCUGAUGUCGUCCUCGACUCUGACUUGCUUACUCUCAAAGAAGUGAAAGAUAUGGUGAAAUAUUUCAACUCUGUAUUGAACACUACCGUUGAAUUUCUAGAGUCAAAGCGAGGUUCCCUUCUUAAAAGACAGGUCUCUAGGUUUAAAUCGGUGGUUUUCAAUAAUGGCUGGAAGCAUUCUUCUAAAUGUUAUGAUUGGAUAUAUCUUGCUGUAGACACAAGCAUAAAGCUGCAUGCGGUGCGAUUUUUUGGCAGCUAUAACGCAGAAUAUGUAGCGAGCCUAACCAUAACGGCCAUGGAAGAAGUUAUCUUUGAUGGUAACCUAAGGAAUUAUAGUAGUAACGUGAAGCAGGGUGAACUAGGUGAAUAUCACGGCUUCGAGAUUGCGUUAAAGCCUCCGAUCGCUCUAAAAGCAAGUAUGAACUACUUGUUUAAGGCAGACAUACGUGGGCCAUCAAGCUGGUAUGGGCAGGGUGGACAGCCCAUUGUAAAUAAUUCUAAAGUGAAAUUUCAUUUUUCCAGUUAUAAGAAUGCCACUUGUGUCGAGAAAGGACAGUUUGCUGAAUUCCUGUUUUCACUUCACUGA